AUGUCUACAACGAGGGAAGGAACGAAGAAACCAAAGACAACAAUAGAGUCUAGAGUUAUUUCAUGGGAGGAGAGAAAAAGCCUUGCAGACAAGGAGGCUGAGGUCCUGGAAAAACAAAUAGAGGAUCUGAAAACAUGGACCAACAUGAUAGAUGCCAUGAAUGAGGAGCAGUUGAAGGAAUACUUAAAGAACAGACCAGAUGAGUUGAAGACAGUGAAGAUCCACAAGAGCAACUCUAAGCAAAGAAUCCAAAGGGAAAAGCCUAAGUGCUCAACCUCUAAUGGCAUUAUGGCUUCGGUUUGGAAGUUCCACAAGGAAGAGGAACAUGAGAAGCAAAAACAAUUGUUAGAAUUUUAG